AUGGCGUGUGUGGGUGUGGUGGAAGCAGGUGUAGGGGGUUUGCUGAUGCCUUUAAAAGAAUCUGAGGAGGAAGGUGAGAUUUGUGAAGGUAGUCUUGCUUCAGAGGGAAACCCAGAGCACCACGAAGAAGAGGAAGAAAUGGCAGCCUCUCUGGGUAUGCUGACAUUCAGAGAUGUGGCCAUAGAUUUCUCCCAGGAGGAGUGGAAGAGCCUAGACUCUGCUCAGCAGACUUUGUACAAGAAUGUGAUGCUGGAGACCUACAAUAACCUGGUCUUUGUGGAUUGUAAUAAAUCCUUUUCUAGUUCUUCACAUCUUGUGGUACAUAAGAUAAUUCAUGCUGGAGAGAAACCCUACAAAUGUAAACAGUGCGGAAAAGCCUUCAUGUCUUCCUCGGGACUUCUUGGGCAUAAGAGAACGCAUACUGGGGAGAAACCCUACAAAUGUAAAGAGUGUGGAAAAGCCUUCAUGUCUUCCUCAGGACUUGUUGGGCAUAAGAGAAUGCAUACUGGGGAGAAACCCUACAAAUGUAAAGAGUGUGGAAAAGCCUUCAUGUCUUCCUCAGGACUUGUUGGGCAUAAGAGAAUGCAUACUGGGGAGAAACCCUACAAAUGUAAAGAGUGUGGCAAAGUCUUCACUGCUUCCUCAAGUCUUUAUGUGCAUCAUAGAACACAUACAGGAGAGAAACCUUACAAAUGUGAACACUGUGGAAAGGCCUUUAUUUAUUCCUCAAAAUUUUAUAUUCAUCAGAGAAUUCAUACUGGAGAGAAACCCUACAAAUGUGAAGAGUGUGGCAAAGCCUUCAUUUAUUCCUCAGGACUUCUUGAACAUAAGAGAAUCCAUACUAGAGAGAAACCUUACAAAUGUAAAGAGUGUGGAAAAGCCUUCACUGCUUCUUCAAGUCUUUAUGUGCAUCAUAGAACACAUACAGGAGAGAAACCUUACAAAUGUAAACACUGUGGAAAGGCCUUUAUUUGUUCCUCACAACUUGGUACUCAUCAGAGAAUCCAUACUGGAGAAAAACCCUACAAAUGUCAAGAGUGUGACAAAGUCUUCAUUUCUUCCUCAGGACUUCUUGAGCAUAAGAGAAUCCAUACUGGGGAGAAACCCUACAAAUGUGAAGAGUGUGGCAAAGUCUUCAUUUAUUCCUCAGGACUUCGUAGGCAUAAGAGAAUCCAUACUGGAGAGAAACUAUACAAAUGUAAGGAGUGUGGCAAAGCCUUUAUUUGUUCCUCAAAACUUUAUGUGCAUCAGAGAAUACAUACAGGAUAG